GCGGCACCAAGGUUCCGCCCUGUGUUGGUCCGUACUGUUUUGACGUUACACCUACAUAUCCAUGCUAGCCUGACAGUUGUGGUUCUGUGACCGCUGUGAUGGAAAAUUGUCAUUAGUGACUUUUGAACGUCGGUGCCGCCGUAAAUAUAGCACCGCAUUAAAACUGAGGGUUUGGGGACAUUUUAAUGAGAAGAAUGGCUCGGGUUGUGAAAGUGUUUCGGACUCUACGGAAUCACUGGAAGAAAUCCACAUUUGCUGUGUGCGUUCUGUCUUACGGGAGCUACUGGCUCUAUGGUAAACACUGUGACAGUGUUCUGCGGACAGAGGCUUGUUUAGCGGCCAGGGAAUAUGGGCGUCAACAGAUAGCACCACAGGAGCGGCUGAGGAAAGCAACAGUGAUCUUGAACCCUGCAGCUUGUAGUGGGAAAGCCAACAACCUAUUUGAAAAGAAUGCUGCUCCUAUUUUACACCUGGCUGGUGUGGAGAUUACAGUUGUAAAGACGGACUAUGAAGGCCAGGCGAAAAAGCUAAUGGAGCUCAUGGAACAGACAGACAUGCUGAUCGUGGCCGGAGGGGAUGGCACCUUGCAGGAAGUCAUCACAGGGUUACUGCGAAGGCCAGAUCAAGACACAUUCAGUAACACACCGAUUGGGUUCAUUCCACUGGGCUCUCACAAUUCUCUGAGUCCAAGUCUUCACCUCCUCAGUGACAACAAGGUCAAAGACAUUACAUCUGCAACACUUUCUAUUCUGAAGGGAGAAAUUGUACCUCUGGAUGUACUACAAAUCAAAGGGGAGAAAGAGCAGCCAGUCUUUGCUCUGAUGGGACUGCGUUGGGGCGCUUUCAGAGAUGUGGCUGCAACAAUCAGCAAAUAUUGGUACCUUGGGCCACUGAAGACAAAUGCAGCACAUUGGUUUAAUACUCUAAGGGAGUGGCCCCUGGUCCGGGAUGUAUCAGUGUCCUACAUGGCCCCCAGCCUUCGGCCCCCUGACCUGCCCCCGCAGAAGCCCCCCAGGCCAAAUCUGCUCCACCGUAUCAUCCGCAGACUGAAAAACUACUGGAACCCGCCCGUUGAAGAGCCUCCGAAAGUGGAAGAGCCGGAGAAGUGGGAGGAGCAGCAGCUGUCGACGUUAGAGCUGUUUAUCCAAACGCACAACAAAAACCCUGUGGAGAGGCGCAUAAAUGACUCCCUGAUGAUCUGUGCGGAGCCCAGCGACUUCACCGUGGGCGAGUUCAUUACUGUCGGAAAUAAAAAAAAAGAGGACGCAACUGUAUUCACUCAAAACUCCACAAAACUGGAAGCCGGUGCUUGCCGGCUGCAGCUGCCAGAGGGUGCUGGUGGCUUCUACAACAUCGACAACGAGGAGUACGAGGCUAUGCCUGUGGAAGUAAGGCUGUUGCCACGGAAACUACACUUCUUUAUCAGUGCAGAGCGCAGGGAGCAGCUCCUCUCACAGAUGCAGUGACGAGAAAACAUAAAACCAGGAAGAAGACAACAACAGCAGGACAAAAAAAACUGAUUUCAAGAGAAAUAUGGGAGAACCAGGCAAAAGAAGCAGAUGCAAUGAAACUCUUAAGGUCAUUUUGAAAACAGAUUUCUGCUUUUUCAUCAGUUGUAAAUGAUCAUGAAGUGCUGAUGGUUUGAAUGGUCUGUUUUACUACAUGUUAACAUAAAAUAGUCAGUUGGAUUUAUUUGUAACAGUUAUGAAGAGGAUCACAUUACAGGCUGUAAAAGGACCAAGGCUUUGUUCCUCUAAGCUAGUAACCCAUGUACAGGUUGUCUUGCAAGAGGACUUUGUUACUUAAUUCUAUUGCCAUCAUAUCUGAACUUGGUCAAUAAAAAUAAUGUCUGUCCAAUUCACCGCAAAUAGUU